AUGGCCCCAGCAGCAGCCGUGGGGGUCGUGCUGCUUCCGCUGGCCUCGCGGCGCUGGGUCCGCCACGCGAUUCCUCUGGCGCUCCUCUUGCUGCUGCUUCUUUAUCUCUGCGCUUGGAGCUUUCGUAAGUGGUCCCUUCCCUCAUCGGCUCUGGGAGGAACCGGGAAGCCAAGCGCUGGGGACCUAGGCCCCCCUCGCGCCCUCACCGCUCGGCCUCGCCCCUCCCCAGGCGCCCUCUCAGGCUGCAGAUCCCGGACACAGUCGUGCAUUCCCGAGGGAACAUCGCCUGUCCAGGUCCCGCGGCAGUCGGGUCCCCUGGAGGCCCCCGAGGGGGAAGAGCCUCAAUGUGUGGGCCCCCAGGGGGUGGUGGGCCGCGUGAUGUGGCCGUUCCGCGCCAGUCUGGACCCCGAAGGGGAUGUGGCGUUGUCGCAGUACCUAGCCGGAUGGAGGGCGCUGGUCAGGUUCCUAACUCCCCUCGGCUCCAUCUUCGCCUUCGCCACGAGCGAGGCCUUCGCCAAAGUGACAGCUCUCGAGGCUCGGGUGCACGGCCCCGAGGCGGCGCACUACUCCUCGCUGGCGGCCAUGGUGGCGUGGGAGCGGCGGGAGGGACUGCUGGAGCGCCCCGGGAUCGCCCCCCGAGACACCGCCAGCUCCUCGGGCUCACGGAUCCUGCUCUUGCUGCACCGAGCGCUGCGCUGGUCCCAGCUCUGCCUCCACCGGGUGGCGACCGGGACGCUCGGAGGCCCGGACGCCGGCGCGCAGUGCAGCGACGCGUACCGCACGUCCCUGGGCCCGCACCACCCCUGGCUGGUCCGCCAGGCCGCCCGCCUCGCGUUCCUCGCCUUCCCGGGUCGCGACCGCUGGCUCGAGCUGGCGUGCCCGGGCGCCGGGGAGGCGGAGGCGCGGGCCGCGCUGGUCCGGGUGGCGGGCACCCUGGAGGAUGUCUACAACCGCACCCAGGGCUUGCUGGCCGAGCGCGGCCUCCUCCAGCUGGCCUGA